AUGUCAGGGGGUGUGGAAGAAGCCCUUGGCCCUCCACCAUCCUGUCUCAAAAGCCCGGGAUAUUUCCUGCAGCGGCUCAGUGGUCAUUGCUGGGCUGAGUGUGGGGACUGUGGCCGAGGCCCUUGGCCCCCCACUGUCCCGCCCCCACCUUUUGACAAGUCCCCGUCCACGCCGGAGCAGGGCGUGCAGCGCAGCUGCUCCUCGCAGUCCGGCCGGAGUGGUGGCAAAAACUCCAAGUCUCACAAGCGCCUCUCAAAAAAAAGCCAGAGUUGGUAUAAUGUGUUAAGCCCCACUUACAAGCAGAGAAAUGAAGACUUCAGAAAGCUCUUUAAGCAACUUCCAGACACGGAGCGCCUCAUCGUUGAUUACUCAUGUGCACUCCAAAGAGACAUUCUUCUUCAGGGCCGACUCUACCUCUCUGAAAAUUGGAUCUGCUUCUACAGCAACAUCUUCCGCUGGGAAACUCUGCUGACAGUCCGUUUGAAAGACAUCUGCUCCAUGACGAAAGAAAAAACAGCUCGCCUCAUUCCCAAUGCCAUUCAAGUUUGCACUGAUUCAGAAAAGCACUUUUUCACUUCAUUUGGAGCCCGGGACAGGACGUAUAUGAUGAUGUUCCGGCUCUGGCAGAAUGCUCUCCUUGAAAAGCCCCUGUGCCCCAAGGAGCUGUGGCACUUCGUUCAUCAGUGCUACGGGACGGAGCUGGGCCUGACCAGUGAUGACGAGGACUACGUGCCCCCUGAUGACGACUUCAACACAAUGGGAGUGCUAUGUGGGGAAUGUGAGGGCUUCCAAGGCCAGUUUGAUGGCCUGCCCCUGGAGGAGGAGGUGCUGGAGGGUGACGGGUCCCUGGAGAAGGAGCUCACCAUUGACAACAUCAUAGGGGAGAAGAUUGAGAUCAUCGCACCUGUGACCUCCCCUUCAUUGGACUUCAAUGACAAUGAGGACAUCCCCACUGAGCUCAGCGACUCUUCUGACACCCACGAUGAAGGGGAGGUGCAGGCCUUCUAUGAGGACCUGAAUGGCCGGCAGUUCGUGAAUGAAGUCUUCAACUUCAGCGUGGACAAGCUCUACGACCUCCUCUUCACCAACUCGCCCUUCCAGCGGGACUUCAUGGAGCAGCGGCGCUUCUCAGAUAUCAUCUUCCAUCCGUGGAAAAAGGAAGAGAACGGAAACCAGAGCCGAGUGAUUCUCUACACCAUCACCCUUACCAACCCUCUGGCUCCCAAAACUGCCACUGUCAGGGAGACACAGACGUUGUACAAGGGGAGCCAGGAGAGUGAGUGUUACGUGAUCGACGCCGAAGUCCUCACCCACGACGUGCCGUACCACGACUACUUCUACACCAUCAACCGCUACACGCUCACCCGCGUGGCUCGAAACAAGAGUCGACUCAG